CUUUGACAUCUGAAACAUAACAGACAAACUGGUUAUUCAAAACAUGUAAGAGAGCUCAUAGGUUGUUCACAUAAGACUGGUAAAAUGUGUAAUAAAAACUUUUGGCUCCUAACUGCACAUAUUUUGAGGCUCGGGGAAGGGGGAAUUAAGCCAGGUAAUGAAAAUGAGUAAAGGUGUUGGGGCUGUUAUAAGAUUUAGAUCCAACCAGAGAAUGUUCUCACUUCUCCAUUUCUGCAAGCUUACUAUUUGAUUUUAGUAAAAUAAUUGCCAUUAUGAUUAUGGUGAUUUUUUUUACUCUGUCUUCCCUACAUUAUGCAGAUAGCUAUGGACAGAAAGACUGUUUUCUCCCAUAAUGAUUGACUUUGGAAAGAGGCAUUGUGAACCCACUUUGUGCUUCUUUUUCUGACUGAACAGGAGUUGUGCUGGUUCUCAUCUCUUCCGAAGUAUGGUGUUUGGCAGGUAUAAGUAUAAAAUACCUACCAGGUUUGGCCAGAGCAUCUUCUGCUGACAAAUUUGGGGCUCUUUUGAUUAUUUGAGAUUUCGCAGAGGUUUUCAGAAAAUGCUGGGCUCUCUUACAGUGCAAUCCUGUAUUUUAAAACUGGCACACAUGUGCCAUUAAGAGUCAUCUUAUGCGCUUCUUCCUGGUAGCUGCUGUUCUCCCACCAACCCAGCUUCCUGGAAUUCCCCAAAUACUGCAUUAUUCUGAGAAGGGAGGGUGUUUCUUCUCUUCAGUUCCCUUGCCUACUGUACAGGCAACCUCCUUUCAAAUUUCAAAAUGUUCAUUCUCCUCCUUUCAUCAUGUUGCCUGGCUCGCUCACUCUCUCACUCACAGGUACACACAGUCCAAACUGCUGAUUUUGUGGUGUUCUGCUUGUGGGGGGAUGAAUUUACUGUGCUUUCUCGAGCGAUUUUGAUUAAUAUCUCAACAUUUAUAAAGAACUAAGUUUCUAUAAGCAUUAGCUGGAAAUAUGCUGAAGUCUUGUUGAUUUUAAGCGUGCAGUCAUGUAGUUGUAUUGCAGCCAAUUUCGGGGUGUCAGAAGAGUUAGAGAGUUCACCUUCCUGGAGAGCUGGUGUUUCGUUAUUAUACAAGUUCUGUCUUGAGAUGACAUGCUUUGUUUUCUUUGCAGGUCAGUUGCAUUAAGAGACAAACUACAACUGUGAAAAUAAUAUCCAGAAAUGUUGGGCUGCUUGAAGUUUCUUCAAGAAAUUAAAGAUCACUUGCCAACUGUGUGCACCAUUGAUUCUAUUUAGCAAGUGCUUCCUAAAAUCCUGAAGCUUUGGAUGACUUUAACAUGCCACAAAAGGUAAACAGAAUAAUCCAGAUUGAAACAUGAGUGCUGAGAUGAGCCAGGGGGUAAUCACAAGCCCUCCACCACCCAGCGUGCCUCAUAAAGAACGAUAUUUUGACCGCAUCAAUGAAAAUGACCCUGACUAUAUUCGUGAAAGAAACAUGUCUCCUGACCUCAGACAAGAUUUCAACAUGAUGGAACAAAGGAAGAGAGUCACUCAGAUUCUGCAGAGUCCUGCAUUUCGGGAGGACCUGGAAUCUCUUAUACAAGAGCAGAUGAAGAAAGGAAAUAACCCAACUGGAUUGCUUGCCUUACAGCAAAUUGCUGACUAUGUUAUGGCAAGUUCUUUUGCUGGAUUUUCUUCAUCUCCUCUAAGCUCUGGACUGAUUACACCCAUCAAUGAUCUACCUGGGAUAGAUACCACUACUUUUGUUAAGGGAGAAAAACUUAUUCGUUGUAAAUUAGCCAGCUUGUAUAGGCUGACAGAUUUGUUUGGAUGGGCACACUUGGCCAGUUCAUAUAUCACAGUAAGAGUAAGCAAAGAACAUGAUCACAUUCUUAUCAUUCCAAAAGGCCUAUCUUUUUCUGAAGCUUCUGCUUCCAACUUGGUAAAAGUAAAUAUCAUAGGAGAUGUGGUUGACCAGGGAAGCACCAAUCUAAGCAUUGAUAGUGCAGGAUUCAGCCCUCAUGCAGCUAUCUACUCCAUGCGCCCUGAUGUCCGAUGUGCAAUCCACAUACACACACCAGCAACAGCAGCUGUUUCUUCCAUGAAGUGUGGUAUACUCCCUAUCUCUCAGGAAGCUUUGAUUCUGGGAGAAGUUGCAUAUUACAAUUAUCAAGGAUCUCUAGAUGAACAAGAAGAGAAGAUUCAACUCCAGAAAGUUCUUGGACCAAGCUGUAAGGUGCUGGUCUUGAGAAACCAUGGGGUAGUAGCACUGGGAGAAACGUUAGAGGAGGCUUUCCACUACAUCUACAAUGUGCAAUUAGCUUGUGAAACACAGGUACAUGCCUUGUCUGUAGGCGGCAUAGACAAUCUUCUUGUCCUAGACUUCCAGAAGUAUAAACCUUUCACACACGAUGUGGCAGCAGGUGUUGGAGUCAAUAUGGCCUCUCAGUUCAAGUGGAAAGUUGGAGAACUAGAGUUUGAAGCAGUGAUGAGGAUGCUGGACAACCUGGGUUACAGAACAGGCUAUGCUUAUCGACAACCCCUAGUGAGGGAAAAACCCAGGCACAAGAGUGAUGUUGAGAUCCCGGCAACUGUGACUGCCUUUUCCUUUGAGGAUGAUCCAGUUCCAAUUUCGCCACUCAAAUUCCUAGCACAGAAACAGCAACGGGAGAAGACAAGAUGGCUAAACUCUCCAAAUACAUAUUUGAAAGUAGAUGUUCCUGAAGAAUCUCGGAAUGGAGAAACAAGUCCCCGGACUAAAACAACAUGGAUCAAAGCUGAAGACUCAUCUAAGAUUAGUGGAGGAACUCCGAUCAAAAUUGAAGAUCCAAACCAGUUUGUUCCUCUGAAUACAAAUCCAAGUGAUGUAUUGGAAAAGAGGAAUCGGAUUCGAGAGCAAAAUCGGUAUGACUUAAAGACUGCUGGUCCACAGUCUCAGCUGCUUGCAGGAAUAGUGGUGGAUAAAAAGCCCAGUGCUCCCAUGCAGUUUGAAGAAGAUGAGCAUGCCCCACCAGCACCUCCCAAUCCAUUCAGUCAUCUCACAGAAAAGGAACUGGAAGAGUACAAGCGGACAAUCGAACGCAAGCAACAAGGAGUAGAGGAUGCUGAUCAGGAAUUAUUCUCAGAUGAUGGGUCAUCUGUUUCACAAAUUAACUCUCAAACUCAGUCCCCACAAAAUGUCCCUGACAAAGUAGAAGAAAAUGAUGAUGAUUACCUACAAGAUGCAAGCCUCAUCUCCCUGGAUCUCCCAGCUGUAGUGAUGAAUGGUAAAGAUGAUGCACAUGAUGUGGAAGAAGAUCUUGCACAAAGAGUUAGCCAGUUAACCACUAGUACUGUAGAGAAUGUAGAGAUUACAAUUAAGAUCUCUGAAAAGAUUGAGGAGGCCCUGUCCCCUGAAGGCUCUCCUUCCAAAUCACCAUCAAAGAAAAAGAAGAAAUUCCGCACUCCAUCUUUUCUGAAAAAGAACAAAAAGAAGGAAAAAGUAGAAGCCUGAGGCGACAUUGCGCAUUUCAAACCCACUUUUUAGUCAGCCAUUAACAUGGUCAAGUUAGGUAGGGUUGUGCAGGAAACUGGGCCUUAACCUAAGAACAGAACUGGAAAAAAUAAUAGAAAAAGUUUGUUACUUAAACGAAGAAUUCAUCUCUUAAUUAGUAUGAAUAAGAAUUACUAUAAGGGUUUGAAAUAUGGAAUAGUUCCACCACAGACUUACACUGGCAGGUGUUCCAACAUAGCACUAUAGUGAUUUCAGAUACCCUUAUGGUAGCAAGUUACACAUGGAGACUUUUCUUGAUUAGAAAAUGUUCAGCACAGUUUCACUAAAGUAGCUGUUGAGUUAUCAGAUGUUUCUUUAUUAAUCUACUGCCUCACUGUAUAAUUGGAUGAUACUUCUCUGUAUUGUGAUCUUGGCCAUAGCAUUUGUUUUAUCCCUGCCUCAGAGGGUGCUUCUCACUAUAACUUUUUCAAAAGUAGGUCAUUUAUUAUACACUGGCACAUAAUAUUAGAGGGAAACCUGUAAAAGGAACUGCAUUUGGAAUUUUACACACUCUGUAAGAUUACAUUCAUCAACAAUAACUUUUGCCAAAUAUUUCAUUUUAGUAAGAUAUAAUUUUUGAAAACUUUUUUUAUUCUAUCAGUUGGGGGGCAGGGAGAAAGCCCUUAUUUUUCAAUAAAGGGGAUUUUAUACGCUUAACAUUGAUAACUUAGUUUAAUUAUGGCAAAACAGAAAAAGAAUUUUAUAUGUUGAAAUUUUUGUAUACCACUCAGUAUAAAAUAUUAUAGGCAUGCAAACCAAGCAUUUAACAGUAGAACAUAUUUAAGGAUGCUUGGUGUAGAGUAUACUUAAAGAUAAUUCAGGAAUCCAGAAUUUCUGAUACCAGACGUUGAAAGCAUACAAAUUUAUCUGGAUUCAGGUUUAAAUCUUACUAUAUUUUUUUCUCAUGGUAUUGCUAUUGUAUGAAGAAAAAUAAUCUUCCUGACAUACAGCCUAUCCAGGAGAUCAGUUCAGAACAGGCCCUAGCUCAAUUUUAGCUUGACUGGUUUAAUCUAGCAAGUCCAGCUAAAGUCUCAAGGCAAAGUCUUGGGAACUUGCUGGUCAAGUUAAAAUCAGAAGGGCUGUUUCCACCCUUUGCCUGAGAGGCUUAGUUUCAGGUUCCCUCCUUACAGGAAAAACAUGGGUGCUAGGGUCCCCAAAUGGCCAGUCGGGUUGCUGAUCAGCAGUGCACCCUGGGCACUGCUUGAACCUGUUGUGCUCGUGCAGCCACAUUCUGGACAACAUUCCCAAGUGGCAAUGCUCCCACUAGCUAGGGAAGGAACAUCUGUGCUGAAGUGACAGUAUAGUGCCAUCUGAAUCUAAGUACAAUGCAAUAUCCCCGCAACAGUUGUGCUUCCUUGAGGGAUGGAGGUUUGAUCCCAUGAAACAAAGCAGAAGCAACUACAUAUAUGUUGUACUAUGAACUGAUCGACUGGAAAGGCCCAUGACCAAAUGAAGGAGCCAAAACUGAAAAUGGGAAAGUGAAAUGGAAAGACUAAAGUGGUGGAGGUAAAGAGUAGUAGUUUGUGGGUUAUUUUUCAUAAAAUAUAUGGUAUGAAUUUGGGGGUAUUUUUAUUAAAUUGAACAGCAAUUUCAUAUUUUAAAAUGGUAAAAUAAUGUAUACCAAUUUCAUAUAUGAAGUGCCACACUUUUCCCCUUUGUCGUAAUAGAUUUAAAUAGGAACAUUUUAAUCUGAGUUUUGCCUUCUCAAAGAAUUGUAGAACCAAUUAGACUAGCACUGUAUGUGUUGAUCCUGCCACUUGUUUCUCUUUGUUGGUAGUUUUAUUUUGCUUCAGACUUAAAACAAAGCAACACAAAGACACCUGUAAAUACACACUAAAUAUGAAAUGAACCUAGGGCCUUUGAAACUAGCCUUUGUACAUCAAUAGCCACAAGAGCAAAUAUUCCUCAAGUAUCAAUGUGACUCCCAGAUUUCUAGUUCAAAUAUAUACCGUAUAUAGAUUGUUAAAUAUGGCUGGGGCGUGGUUUGGCAUGCAAAAAUUACUAUAGCAUGUUACAGGGCUGGUUAGCUGUGACUGUGUAAGUGUGACAAUGCAGCGCUGGAGUGACUCUGGAAUGAUAUCCAGGUAUCUCAAAAUACUGGAAUCAGUGUGUUCUUUAAAAAAAAAAAAACAUAGUGCGACUCUUUUAAGUUGUUUAACUUUAUGUUCUACAUUUUUUGUGUUGUAUUACAACAUAUGUAGAAACAGUAACCUGUGAACUAUGCUUUUCAUAACUUUUAAAAAUGUAUCUAAAUGAAUGCAAUGUGCAUAAAUAUUUUUUAAAAACUGCAACCGUGAACUAUUUGCACCUUUUUUUGCUAAUGCCUCUAUUUACUUGCUUUGGCAUAAAGAAUGAGCCAGCCAACUCAGUGUCCUGUGGAAAAAGAUAUAUAAAUGUUGUUGGAAAUUGCUCAUAGAUGUAAUGCUAAUUAAUGUUAAAUCAACAAAUAAACAGUAUUUUAAAUAGA